GCUCGUGGCGGCGAGCGGGCGGGCGGACGUCACGUGAACACUGAGCUCAAUGCUCAUCAUGUGACAAGGGAAAGUCAAAACAGGAACAAAAUGGCUGCAACGGGCGACGACGCUGCAGCCAUGGACAGCAUCUCCAGGGCACCAGCGGCUCAUUUAGCGGCUCUGAACGCGGCUCUGAACGCGGCUGCAAGCUCCAGCAGUCACGCAGUAGGCCCGGAGAAUGUGGCGGAAAGCCCGGUGGUUGUUCCCAAAAAGCCCAGCACAAACAGUGAUGGUGGUGUGGAGACGGCAGAGGAGGCUUUGGAGCCUGCAGAGCCCGAUAUCAAUGAGCUGUGCACUGAUAUGUUUGAAAAGAUGGCCAUCUUCCUGCAAGGAGAACUAACGGGAACUUGUGAGGAUUACCGUCUGUUGGAGAACAUGAACAAGCUCACCAGUCUGAAGUACAUGGAAAUGAAGGACAUCAGCAUCAACAUCAGCCGUAACCUGCAGGACCUCAACAACAAAUACGCAAGCUUACAGCCCUACUUGGACCAGAUAAAUCAGAUUGAGGAGCAAGUGUCUUCACUUGAACAAGCUGCUUACAAACUGGACGCAUACUCCAAGAAACUGGAGGCCAGAUUCAAAAAACUUGAGAAGCGAUGAGGGGGAAAAAAGAGACAGACUUAAAAAUGAUGGUGCCUUCUCACCUUUUGUAACCCUGCCUCGCCGCCUUCUCUCCCCGCUAGUGGAGCCAAGAGCUGCGGGGAGGAUGUGAACUGAAACAACAAACAGUCCGAGCCACUUUGACACAUAGAAAGGACCCAGGAGGAAACAGCUGAAGGCACAUGAAUUAGUACUGCAGUGCUUGGCUUAGAUUUAACUCCAGUUUCCCUGAUUUUGGCAGCAAUUGUGCAGCCAAGAUGAACGAGUGUGUGUGUGUGUGUGUGUGUGUGUGUGUGUACCCACAUUCUUUUGCAGAUACACUUUAUGUUGAAAAAAAACUGCCUAAUUACUAGCAUAUCUUAACUGAGUGGUGGAAUCAGAAUAUACUAAUUUAAUACUAGACACAAAGAAACAUAACAGAUUGGUAGAGACUUGUGACUGGAUAUAACAAUACUUUAGUCAUAUGUAGAUAUUUACAUAAUGAAGCAUGCUCACAGAUGUGUUUUUAAUCCAGCCAGUUCCAACCUCUUGACAGAUACGAUUCCCACUUAGUAGCCUGCCACGUACAUUGGGAUUCUUUGUUUUUACACAUUUAGUUGUCUGGGCAGUGUAAAUAAUAGACCAAACUGGUUAACUUAUAGAGAGUCUGCUACAAAAAACAGUUAAUGUGUAGAGAGCAGCUGGAAAUCACACACUCUGUAGAGUACGUCAAAAGUUUGCAGUGUAAAAUGAAAGAUAUUUGAUAUGGGUGAGUUAUUGUAUUAUGUCUAUCUGGAAAUGUUGCCACUAAAAACUGGAGUUUUUAAAACAAAUAAACCAUGAUGUGCAUAUU